AUGGGUACUUCAGCGGUGUCUUACAAGCCUCUCGUCAAGACGGCCAACUCUCAAGUGGACUUCGGAGUUGAGAUCCAUGGCCUGGAGCUUGAGAAAUUGACCGUUCUUGUGAUCAAAAAUCAACGCAAUCUCUCCCCUCGCGUGCAAUAUGAGCUUACGCGACGGUUUGACCCUUCAGCUGGUAUUUAUAGCCACGGAAAAUCUAUCGACAAACGCAGUGUUCUUCACAGCGACCUCACUACAAUUCCUCAUCAACCACAGGUCCAGGUCAUUGGACAUGAUUUUGUCAAGGAAUAUGAAGGGUUGACGAACCUCCAAUUGAGACACCCUCAUCACAAAGCAUUUCAGAAGCUUCCCAUUCCAGUGGUAGAGGAUCAGCAAUUCACCCAUUUCUAUCGGUGGCACAUUGACUCUGCCAUGUAUGACCUUGAUCCCCCGCUUGUCACUUCCCUCUUGGCUGUACAAGUUCCCAAGGGGCGCCGCCAGAUAUGCCGCUAUGAUGAUGAAACCAACACCACGCUUGACGUGCCCCUGGGAACAACGACAUUCUUCAGCGGCUACCGUCUUUAUGAACUCCUUUCAGAAGAGGAAAAGCAUUUUGUCCAAACCAGCCAAGUCGAAUACGCGCCACAUCCAUACAUAUGGAUGAGCAAAGCCAACUGUUUCUGA